GAGGGAACAGAUGGAUCUGAUUGGUCCUAUCGGGAGAUUAUUGAAGACCGCUACAAGCGUAUGGCGGUGAACAUGUCGGCGACAUUCUUUCUGCACCAAAUGCAGUCAGGGAUGCUCCUUCUUAAGAUAGCGUGGUACAUGAUUCCUUUCUUCAUGGAAGACCGCUAUCCGGAUCCCUUCCUGUACUUCCUGGUGGCCUUCCUGCUGAUUGGUAACAUAUGCUUCUACGCAGGGAAGCCCCGAGGUCGCUGUGUGUUGCCGCUGAUGAAGGUGGCGGCGCUGCUGGUGAUGGGCACCGUGGCCUUGCACUUUGUCGCGCUGUGGCGCUACCACCUACUGGAUCCCAAGACAAAACAAAUCUCCCGCCGACUGUACAAACAGCUCAAAGACCAGGGAACCAUCACUGCACCGUCGUGGCUGUCCGUAUUUACGGUUUCGGAGGCGAUCCUGGACGCCGCGGUGGGGCUGUCCGCCGGUCUGUGCUUCUUCACGUUUAACAACUGGGUUAAGGAUGCCAUGGACGUGGUUCGAGAGCGCGAGGAGCGCAACAAGGCGGUGCCUGUGCGGCCGCCGCCAGGUGCCGUGAAGAAGAAGCGCAUUUGA